UGUGAGGGGUGUUUCCUAUGCUGUUCCAGCUGAUCUCCAGCACAACAGACGGAAGUCUCCCUGUCAAAGCGAGCUGUCUAGCCGCUCCUGCACACUGUCCUCAGCUCCCGGACAGAGCGUAGCGGCACCAGCGGCUCUGUGCUUUCACUCUCUGGAUUAUUAUUCGGGAUUAGUCGCGGGAGAAGGUGGGGAGAUCCUCGGUGUCCCCCCUCGUCACCGUCACCGUCAGCCGGGGCUGGUUGAGCUGACCGUCGGCAGGACUGUCAUGAUCCCAGUUUGGAGAUGGCGUCCUUCCCCAGUUUGUGUAAGGCUGUUCGGCCAGCGGAGGAGGAGAACGGAGAGCUGGACCAGUCCCUCCAGCAGAUGCUGAAGGCCAUUGCCGACGAAAGGAACCGACUGAACAUCAGACAGGAGAUAAGCGGACUCGGUUGCUUUAAGGAUGACCGCAUCGUGUUUUGGACGUGGAUGUUCUCCACCUACUUCAUGGAGAAGUGGGCACCCCGGCAGGACGAUAUGCUGUUCUACGUACGCAGGAAGCUCUCCUACGUCAGUGCAGACAACACUGAAGGGAAAAAGGUGGAGGUGGAGGUUUACAGAAGGGACUCCAAGAAGCUGCCUGGCCUCGGUGACCCUGACAUCGACUGGGAGGAGAGCGUCUACUUGAACCUCAUCUUACAGAAGUUGGACUAUGUGGUGACUUGUGCCGUGUGCACACGCUCAGAUGCAGGAGACAUUCAUAUCCACAAGAAGAAGUGCCAGGAAGUGUUUGCAUCUCCCAGCAAACAUGCGAUGGAUAGCAAAGGAGAGGAGUCCAAGAUGAGCUAUCCAAACAUCUUCUUCAUGAUCGACAACUUUGAGGAGGUCUUCAGUGAUAUGACAGUGGGUGAGGGGGAGAUGGUGUGUGUGGAGCUGGUGGCCAGUGACAAAAGCAACACUUUCCAGGGUGUCAUCUUCCAAGGCUCCAUCCGCUACGAGGCUCUCAAGAAGGUCUACGACAACCGGGUGAGCGUGGCUGCCAAGAUGGCCCAAAGGAUGUCCUUUGGCUUCUACAAGUACAACAACAUGGAGUUUGUGAGGAUGAAGGGUCCGCAGGGGAAAGGCCACGCUGAAAUGGCUGUGAGCAGGGUGCCAACAGGUGACACGUCCCCAUGCGGGACCGAGGAGGACCAGGACUCACCCAUGCACGAGAGGGUGACCUCCUUCAGCACACCUCCAACACCAGAGAAGAACCGUCCCUCGUUUUUCUCCCCGUCUCUGCGGCGUAAGAUGCCCCGCAACCGAAUCGCCGAGAUGAAGAAGUCCCACUCGGCAAACGACAGUGAAGAGUUCUUCAGGGAGGAGGAAGAUGAAGACCUCCACAACACCACCAACCUGCGCUCUCGCUCUCUGUCUGGUACGGGCCGAUCGCUGGUCGGCUCCUGGCUCAAGCUCAACCGGACGGAGGAAUACUUCCUGCUGUACUCCCACCUCACCUACGUCACCCUGCCGCUUCACCGCAUCACCACAGAUAUUCUGGAGGUGAGGCAGAAGCCCAUUCUGAUGACAUAGCAGAGCCUGGCUCCCUCAGAGCAUCACUACCAAGUGCCUAUCUGCAUCAGGCCCCUGAGACAACAGCGCCACCCAGUGUUGAGACAGAGCAAACAACCAAACGUCAGCUUUGCCUGACAGAGGAGAGGACUAAUGUAAAACCUUUGCGGACAACAAACAAACCAGCCAUUCAAGAAGUGCCUCUUCCUUCUUUUAAUUACCUGCGUGCGGAGGAUUUGCAGGUGAUCGGUCGUCUCCAUGGCAACGGGCCCUGGCACACAACGUGGCUGUCAGGAUCACAUGACCUCAGCGUGACUAGGCACUGGCUGAACUCUGACCAGGAGGAGAGAGGAUGAGGAAUGUGUCUGUUUUCUUGUAAAUAUCUUGCUGCUUAACUAUUCACUGAUACGCCUUGAGAAAGGUUCUGCUUUUAACGAUACAUGAAGCUUUCCCCGUUCUUUGGUUCUUUUUGUUGUGGAAGUGUUUUUGUUCCUAUCUGCGACAACGUGCGAUGUGAUGUUAAAGGGAUUCUGUAUGUAACUAGUUUAUGUUAAAACACACGAGUGUGUAUUAUAAUUUUGUGUGCGAGGAAAGAGACAAUAACUGCUAGACUGCUGCACUCUUGAUCCUACAUGUAGGCGUAGUACAAGAUAUAUUAGCAAAUAGGCUGUGAAGGUCAAGGUUUGGGUCAAAUCCACAGCUCCUCACAUUUGUAAGACGUAUCCAAAAACAGGGAGUAGGUAUUUGUAAAGUAUUUCAAACGCCCGGGGAAGUGAAACGCACCACUAGAAAGAGUACACUUCCUUGAGAUUCAAAUCGUUUUAUUUCCAAACCAUCUCAGGGUUCCCACGCAUCCUGGAAAACCUGGAAAUGUAUAGACUAGCUUUCCAGGCAUGGAAAACGCCUAGAGAAUUCCAAAGCUGAUCCAAUGCCCUGCAAAUAUUAGUGAGAUCCUGGAAAAUUAUACGGUUCGGCUGAGAUGACAUCUCCAGAUGCUUCAGAUCACACUGCACGUUUUCAGAGGCUGGUGCCCCGUUGUGUUUUGGUGAACUGCGGUGCCACACGUGUUUGGAAGGCCAAACGGGGCAAAACCACACAAACCUGGCACUUUGUGCAUCAAGAACUCAUGUAAACCUUGUCCACAUGUUUGCAUACUGUUACCAUGUUUUCAGCUGUUUGGCCACUUUGUCCGUUUGGAAUCAUGCUAAGAUGGCUUGUGAGGAACAGCUGGCAUGUGCAGGGCUCAGUGAGUAUGUCCUUGAAAAAUCCUGGAAUAUGAUUUCCUUAAAAGACCCCUGGGAACCCUGCAUCUCCUGAGACAUGGAAUCCUACUGGAUUUGACCACAACCUGCGAGACAGAACAACUUUUCCAUUUUGAGCUAAACUGGCCCCGCUGUGUAAUAACCAACGGUAUUAUAGCGUAGAACUUAAUCUGUAGCUUUCCACCGCAAAGAGAAACAAAGAAUCCUAAUCCAACUUUAACAUUUUUACACAAAUUGUGAUUUUUGCAAACUGGACGUGACUUGAAUAAGUAUUAACAGUGAUGAAGGAAAUAGGGAAACUGGAAUAAGCAGCUUGACUGUAGUUUCUCCUAAGUGUGGAAGAGUGAACUCCAAACCAGACCCGGGUCAGCUGUAAAUACUGUUUUCCGAGUUUGUUUUAUCUCCCUUGUCGUGCAAGAUGGGUGGGGUUUAACACAUCAGGGGAUUUUGGUGCAAGUGGUCAAUCACAGAGAAAUAUUCUGUAAUUAAUCUGGCUGUUUUUGCAUUAUUUUACGAGGCAAGCCUCCACCCUGUUGCACCUGUUAAGGAUGAAUCGAACUCUUACAAAAUAUAUUUUUCAACUUUAUUUGACCCGCAUCUGUCCCAAACCUAUAGCCAUAGGGUUUUUGCGCAGGGAUACGCGGUGUUGACGUUAGAACUAAACUGAUCCCCUUUUCCUCGAUGGCCCCUAAAGCCUUAAGAUCAGACUGUGUAAUUCUAAUCUUGAUCGCAUUUGCUUUCUGACCACUGAGGUCCUAUCAUUUCUCCAGACUUGUAAAUGUUCUUUCCGACUGCAUUCUCAUCCUCUUUCACCACAACGGGCAUUGCUCUCCACCAGCCAUGGCUUCCAAAGAAACCUCGCUCCACUCUGUGCGCACAGUCACAUUGAAGUACUUCGUUUUUUGGGGGAUGGUCCCGAUUGCCUAGUUGGCGAUGACGUGACGAGAACAUAGACACCAGAGUCAUCCGCGUAUACGGCUGACUCCAUGCUAACACUUCAGCUUACACUAUGAUGUGUGACAUAUGUGACCACCGGCCACUAGCGUUGUCUCGAAAGUGCAAAACACCGACUUGCAGCAGCUCUAAAGCAAAGUGGAAAUUUUAAAUGACGUGGCAGUUUUGUGUGAAUUGACACAAAACAUUAAAUAUAAUCGAAAUAUGAGAAAUGGCUCACAGCUACGAGGAACUAUUUUCUGCUUCCACAAACAGAGGUCUUUGCCGAGUUUGCUAUUGACCAUAUUCACUUGGUGGACAUUUUCAAAAGUCUGGGUGGGACCGAAAGAGCGAGUCCGGCCAGUUAUUUCACAGAUGCACUUCAGAAAACCAUGCGUCUGCAGAAUCCAGAGGGAUAUCGCUUCACAUUUUGACUGAGACUGAGAUUUUAAGAAUGUAAAGUUGUUUUUAUUCUAUGGCCUGUAGAUUUUUUUUUUAAAUUAAAAU